AUGCCUGUUAAUAUUAACAAAGGUUCCAUGCUUGGAAUGCGACAUGUCCAGAGUGUUCUGCUUUUCUUUAAUGUCACUUCGAUUUAUUGCAGCCGUUUAAAUAUUGGCGUCGCUGUGGUUGCCAUGACCAAUGCGGCAACAGCUAAUCCUGAUUUUCCUGAAUUCAAUUGGAGUGAAAAGGAAAUUUCCUACGUAAUAUCAAGUUUCUUUUGGGGUUAUGUCUGCACACAAUUUCCUGGUGGAUUUUUGUGCAAGAAAUUUGGAGCGAAAUUGGUAAUGAUUGUUGCCACCAGUAUUUCCGCAUUAUUAAGUGCCGCAACACCAUGGUGUGUGGGUUGGGGAAGUUGGCGUAUUUUAUGUGUUAUACGAAUCGUACAAGGUCUGGCACAGGGUGUAAUAUUUCCCUGUGUUUAUGAACACUUGGCCAAAUGGGUGCCAUUAAAGGAACGUAAUCGUUUGGGUGCAUUCGCCUUAUCGGGAUCUGAUUGCGGCACCAUAUUGGCAAUGUCUCUAAGUGGUAUUAUAGCCAAAGGCGCAUGGGGUUGGCCCGGUAUCUAUUACAUCUCGGCUGGUAUAUGUUUUUCAUGGUGUAUAUUUUGGUUAAUAUUUGGUGAAAAUAAUCCAGAUGACUCGAAAUUUAUUGGCACCAAAGAGAAAAGUUACAUAGCCUCCGAAAUGGCGCUCAGUGAUGAUUUCCAUAAAAAGAAAAUAGCAUUCCCCUGGAAUGCGGUUUUACGAUCAACACCCUUUUAUGUUCUUAUUUUGGCAAGAUCAUGUCAAAAUUGGGGUUUAUCCACCAUACAUGCUCAAAUACCAUCAUAUCUUAGUGGAGUGCUAAAUAUGGAAAUUAAAUCGAAUGGUCUGUAUUCAUCAUUACCCUUUAUAGCUAUGUGGAUAAUGAGUUAUGUCUACCUGUCACUGGCGGAUAUAUUGCAGAAUAAAACCAAUAUAAGUUUAACAACAUUACGUAGACUUUUCAAUAGUUUAGGCAGUUGGUUGCCAGCACUGGGAUUGGUGAUAAUUGGAUUUUUAGAUGAACGCCACAAAACCCUUGCAAUAAUUCUAAUGACUUUGAUUGUGGCCCUGAAUAGUGGCAACAUUAUUGGUAGUGCCUUAAAUAUGAUUGAUUUGGCGCCCAAUCAUGCUGGUUUCAUGAUGUCCCUGGUAAAUGCUGUCUCCAAUGUAACACCAUUUAUAUCACCACUCGUUGUGGGUGUUGUGGUUACAGAUGUGACUAAUCGUACUCUGUGGCAAAUUGUUUUCAUUAUUGCCGCUGCCGUUCUCUUCUUUGGCAAUUUGUUUUAUAUUCUCUUCGGUUCUGCGGAAACACAACCAUGGAAUGCUGUCGAUUUUCUCGAGAAGGAGGCUGGAAGGAGGAAGACUAUUCAUGGAUAUGAUAAUAAUAUUGAAAUAUUACAAAUAAAAGUUAAAUGCUUUGAAUCAAAUGACGGAAAUUUGAAGUCUGAAAAUAAUAAUGUACAGAGAAUAUAA